GUCAUGUCAACAAUCAACAAGAAACAGUAUUUUAUUUUAAGCGUCAAGCCAAGCUUAGAGAAGUAAAAAAGACUUUUUUUUUAUUAUUACUGGAUGCUUAAUAAAAAGACAGCAACUUAACUACAGCAAGAGCACUAACGACCACAUAGAAUAACAGUAUGGAGAAACAAGAAGACGAGUACACAAAAAGCGAAGUAUCUGAUAUAAAAAGCGAAACCGAAUUAGAGAACAAUGGUGUGAAAAAUACAGAAUUUCCAGUUACCAUAAAAAAUGAAUUAAAAGAAGAAAUGCUUCUACCUGAGGAUGAUACAACUAAUGAAGAUUCCAAGGAUUGGUUCAUCCAAAUGAAUACGGCAUUGUCCAUUGAAAAUGUAAAACAUGAACAAAUUAAAGAUGAUCAUGACUUGGUCAACUGUAAAAAUUUGAAGUCUGAACCAGAUAUUAAGGAAGAGGAAGACGUAAUUGCAGAAAAGCAGAGUCAAUCUGGUUCCUCCUCUGAAGAAAUACACAAUGAUGCUAACAAUGAUUUGAACUUGGAUAAACGCUUCAUAGGAGAGGACACUAAAACUGUUGAUAAUCCAUUCACUUGUGAAGUUUGCUCCAAACAAUAUUUAUUAGAACGUAAUUUAAAAAGACAUAUGAAGUCGCAUGAUGGUACAGAAGAACAUGAAAAACCUUUGGAAUGCGAAAUUUGUUUGAAAAGGUUUCGAAGAAAUUCUGAAGUAAAAUCGCAUAUGAGAACUCAUACAGGAGAAACAUUUAAGUGUGAACGUUGUCCCAAAGAGUAUCUUUCCAAUUCUUCUUUAAAAUUACAUAUGAAGUGGCAUAACGGAGAAACUUUUUCUUGUAAAAUAUGCUCCAAACAAUUUGUAAGAAAUUCUAAAUUCAAAGCGCAUAUGUUAAAACACAGUGGAGGGAGUAAAGAAAGACGUUUCACAUGUGGGAUCUGCUCCCAAACAUUUUUAAACAAAGAAAAUUUAGCACGACAUUUAAAAUGGCACACUGGAGAAACUUACACGUGCGAGAUUUGCUCCAAAGAGUUCGUUGACCGCCAUUAUUUCAAUGUCCAUCUGAGAUUGCAUACGGGCGCAAAACCUUUUCAAUGUGAAAUUUGUUCAAAACAUUUUUCACACAAAUCAGCAGUAAAAGUACACAUGAGAUCACACACUGGAGAAAAACCCUUCAGCUGUGAAGUUUGCUCCAAACAGUGUGCAACCAGUUCGGAUUUAAAGGUUCAUAUGAGAAAGCACACUAAAGAAGCGCCUUACGAAUGCGAAAUUUGCCCCAAGAAGUAUGCAACAAGUAGUAGAUUAAACAGUCAUAUGACCGUGCAUAUGGAAAACCGUCCGUUUAAGUGUGAUAUUUGUCAAAGGCAGUAUAAAACAAAUAAAUAUCUUCAAUUGCAUAUCAAAUCACACACUGCAGGACCCUUCACAUGCAAUGUUUGCUCCAAAGGAUUUUCUAGCAGUUCUAAUUUAAAAGUACAUAUGAGGGUUCACACGAAUGAAUUUUUCCCGUGUAAAAUGUGCCCUAAACAAUUUUUGACAAAUUACUACUUAAAGAUACAUAUGAGAAGGCAUACAGAUGACAGGCCUUUCCCCUGUGAAGUUUGCCCGAAACGGUUUGCAAAGAAAUCUGAGUUAACUUCACACAUGAGAUGGCACACUAGAGACGUUCUUUUCACAUGUGAAAUUUGCAGUAAACAGUUUGUUACCAAGACAAUAUUAACUAAUCAUAUGAUAACUCAUACGGGGGAGAAACCAUUCUCCUGCGAAAUUUGCUGCAAACAGUUCGUUACCAAAAAAACAUUAACUAGACAUAUGAGAGCUCAUACGGGGGAAAACCCAGUUCAAAUGUGAAGUUUGCUUUAAAGCAGAGUUUGGAAUAAAUGGAGUUUUUAUUUGAAGGUAUAAUUCCGAACAAGACCGUAGAUUGCAGCGGCAGACUACAGACGCCAUUACUGGUUCAUAUAGUAUUCUAUAAGCUGUAUGUCGAGCACAGGGGCACUGUCGCCGACGUACGUAGACCGUCGCCAACGAUGACCGCAGUACUGCUCCAGAACCAGUUCUCUCUCUCUCUUGUCGUUUUCCCAUUAGUGAAGAUCGUGAUUUCUUCCAAUAUUCUUAACAAUUUUUUCCAUUGGUCUCUAUCUUCAGCUGCUCUAAUGAGUUUCCAGUUGAAUUCUUAAUUUGGUCGGUCCAUCUAGUUGGUGAUCGUCCUCUUCAUCUUCUCCCCGGAACGUUUCCACAACAAUUAAUCUCUCCAAAUUAUCGUCACGUCUGCGAACCACGUGACCAAAGAAUUGCAGAAUUCGUUGCAGACAUAUUGUGGACAGACUUUUUUUAAUUUUGAGUUGGUUUAGAAUUGAAACGUUUGUCCUUUUCUCUAGAUUUUUCAAUGAGUUGUCUCAGGUUCAGGAUUUGUUCCCCUGUACCUUUACCCUUUGCAAACGCCGCUUGUUCCUGAUGUAUUUGGUAAUGUAGAUAGGUUUUUUAAUCUGUUUUUGAUGAUAUGCAACAAUAUUUUACUAGCAUGUGUUGUUAGUGACAGUGUGCGGUAGUUUUCACAUCUGGUAGUAGUUCCUUGUUUGUGUAGCGGGAUAUAAAUUGACGUACACCAAUAAGAUGACCAUUUUUCUGAAUUCCAAAUAGCGACACAGAUAGAAUGGAGAUAUGAAGUCUUGUCACCUAGUAACUGUAGUAUUUCACUUGGUAUUGAAUCAAUGCCUGAGGAUUUAUUUCUCUUUAGCGAUUUAAUUGCAUCUUUGACUUCAGUGAGUAAGACAGUAGGUCCUCUAUGCUAUCACUGUAUCUCGUUAUUUUUAUAUAGCUCGCCACAAUAGUUUCUCCAUGUUUCCAAUAUUUCGUCAGUAUCGGUCUUUAGAUUACCUUCCUUAUCUAUUACAGACCACGUUUGAGAUUUAAAUUCUCUGGGAAGGAGUUUGAUCUUCUGGAAUAAGUCCCUCGGUUCAUUUCGACUGCCAUGUUCCUUUAUCUCUGCACAUUUGAGAGAUGUAAUCAGCUUUGUCUUUGCGACACUGUUUUCUAAUUUCUUUCGAUAACGCUCUGUAUUCAUCGUUUGUUCCGUAUCUAGUUGUAUAUUCUUUUCUGCGUUGAAUCACAGUCCACGUAUUAUCGGAUAUCCAUGUCUUACCGGCUCGUGGAAACCGCUGCCUGACAGUCUUUUGCAGCCUUGAUUACCUUAUCUUUGAGAUAGAUCCAAGGGCUCUCAAGGUCACUAUCUAUUUGGUCUAAAGAAAGAGCUUCUUGUAGGUUUUAUUGGAAGUCAUUGAUUUUUGACGGAUUUAGAGACAUGACUUUUCUUAGGGGUCUUCUUUUGGGGACUUUAAAACGAAGUCGAACGUUCAAUACCAGGAGUUGAUGAUCGCUUCCACAGUUUGUGCCAGCAUUAUGUUUUAUAGUUGAUGGCCGACGACUGCCAUCUUGAUCUUAUUAAGAUGAAGUCUAUUUGUAUAAUAUUGUAUUUGUAUAAUUGUAUAUAAUCUCCGUGGAUGGUCAGAACCAGUAAGUAGUUUCGCCGACCGCAAAAUGGUAGUACGUAUUUUUGCUGGUUCCAAAUGAGUUUUUGUGCAGUUGUGUACUAAUAGCAUUUCUUUUGACAUAUCAUUCUGAAUAAAACUGAAUAUAAACUUGAA